AAAAAAUUAAUACAUGGGAUGUAUAUGUGAAACUAUACCAAGAAAAAACUAAAUAAUGCCAAUGCGAACAAAAAAUAAAGAUUUAGUGUUUACUUCAACAGAGGACAUUUCUAAAAUUUAUAUUUUGGGCAAAGUCUUAGGAGUAGGAUCAUUUGGGAAAGUAAUUGCUGCUAAAAUGAGAAGUAAUCCAAUGAAAUAAUACGCAAUAAAAAUUAUUGAGAAAAAAAAAGUAAAAGGUAGAGAAGACAUCUUAGCUAAUGAAAUAUUCAUUUUAUAGUAGUUGGAUCAUCCUAAUAUUAUCAAAUUUCAUGAAGUUUAUUAGAAUAGAAUGAACUUUUAUAUUUGCAUGGAUUAUUGCAAAGGUGGAGAAUUAGUUGAGUGGAUUCCUAAAAAGUAUAAAACUUUUCAUGAAAGAAACAUUUAGGAAAUCAUGAAGAAGGUAAAGAAAAUAUAUAAUUAAGAUUAUAUCUGCUGUAGCAUAUAUUCAUAAUGAAGGAAUAGUUCAUAGAGACAUUAAAGCUGAAAAUAUUAUGAUUGCAAAUAAAAAGGAUGAUGCUGAACCAAAAUUAAUUGAUUUUGGUUUAGCAAAUAAAUUUGAUACAUCAAAGUUACGACGUUUAAAAUCUUUUGUAGGAACUCCAAUGUAUAUGGCUCCUGAAGUUAUUUAAGGAAGAUAUGAUGAAAAAUGUGAUAUUUGGUCCCUUGGAGUGUUAUUGUUUACAUUACUUUCAGGUCAUAGACCUUUUCAUGGUGAAACUAAAGAAGAACUCUAUGAUAAUAUUUAAAGGUCUAAUGUAAAUUAUUGUGAAAAUUUAUUUUUAGAUCACAUUCACAUAUAAUGCUUGGAAAAAUGUGAGUAAUGAAGCUAAGGAUAUGGUUCGUAAGAUGUUACAAAAGAGUCCUAGUCAGAGACCAUCUGCAUUUAAUUUAUUAAAACAUGAUUGGUUUACAACAACUUUAGUUUUCGAGGAGAAACAUCAAUUAGAUCACAAAAUAUCAUAGAAAGGUUAAGUUUCUCCAUCUAAUUCAAAUUCUGAGAACAGAUCUAUAUAUUAGAUGCUUAAAUAAACCUCUUAAAAAGGAGGAAGUAAAUUUAGAAAGGAAGUAAUGACAAUUUUGGUGAAAUAAUUAAAUGAAUAAGAAUUGAGUAAUCUAAUAGAAAAGUUUAAAUAAAUAGAUGUUGAUAAUUCUGGUACAAUAACAAUUUUUGAAUUAAGAUAAGCAUUGAUUGCAGAGGUUUAUAUUAAAUAAGUAAUAGAUAGGGAUCACCAGCAUCUUUUGAUGAAAUUGAAAAAUUAGUUGAGAACAUUUCUCCAAAGAAUGCUUUAGAUGUUAAAAAACGAUCUAGACCAUCAGUAGAAUUAAAAUACAGUGAAUUUUUGGCAUCUUGUAUCGAUGAAAGAAAAUUUUUAACAAGAGAAAAGGUAUUAAUUUUUAAAAUAUUUCAGUUAUGGUCAUUAUUUAAAUUUUUUGACACAGAUAAUUCAAAUUAUAUUACUAAAGAUGAUAUUAAGGAAGCAUUUGCAAGAAAUGCAAAGUCAUUUACUGAUAAGUAGAUAGAAGAGAUGAUUUAUGAAAUUGACCCAAAUCAUGAUAAUAAAAUAAGUUUUGAAGAAUUCUGUAAAAUGUUUGAUAAUGCAGGAAUCUAUUAAAAAUUAGAUGAUGAUGAUGAAGUAAUAGAAACUUGA